UCUCCGGCGUUUCGAGCCUCUUUCCGCGGCGUUAAAGAUCCAUUCCACCCCCCUCGCUCUCUCGCUGCCCUGGAGGGGAACCGAGCGGAGAUAGCGAACAAAAGGCGGAGGGAGACGACACGGCCGUGCUCGAAUGUUUUUCCUCAAGUUUUCUCACUGGAAAAAGUUGUCAUUGUUAGUCUUUGUCGUGGUUUGUGGACAUUUUGACUUAUUUCCUUCUCCGCCGAGAGAGAGGAAGAGGCGUUCAGCACCAAGUGGCAGGAAAGCGCCCCUGGUCACGCACACUCACUUUCAGACACACUAGCAACUCCACUCAAGUUGUCCCAACAAGACAUUUUUACCACAUAAAACACCACCGAGGGACUAGUUCUUCCUGUGUGCAGUGUAAAGUUGACUUUUUCGUACUCGUGUUGAUUUAUGGCCUAAAGCGGGGACUCAAACUCAACCCACCCGGGGGCCACUGGAGGUAGUCGGGCGAGCCGUGGGCCUUUGGACCUGGCCACCGAGGUCGCAGCCCAGCUGAGAUGGUGAGGUAUGGCAAUGAAGACGCUCGACCGGAGAAGUAGGAGUUUUAACCGGAGUUAAAGGAGAGGUUCUCCUCAUCCUGUGAAGAUGGCAGCCCAACCCCAGACUGUACGCUCAACUUCUGUUAUGGCCAGUGAGAACUUUGAGGACCUGCUGGCACUCUACGGCUACACCGUGUCUGAUCCAGCCAAGCAGAACCGUCAUGUUGCCGCCGCUCUGCCGGACAUGACUCUGGACAAGAAGCAGAUAACUGAGGACCUCUUUGCUGGAGAAGACGGAGUAGAAUCGUCCGCUGAUGAUCUGACGCCUUCGGUCACCUCCAACACCUCAGAUCUGCUUCAUCAACUGCCGGCUGGCAAAGACACAUUCGUCUGCUCAUCGGACGAGGAUUCGGACAAUAUAUCUCUUCCCUCCAACGAAGAACACAAGGAGAUCCUGGUGGGUUCCAUGUACCAGGCAACAGUCCCUCCACUCAACCCGUAUACGUACCAGGAAGCAGCCUACAACAGCGAGGACCAGUUGCUGUGGAGACCAGGGGAUCUGCCGCCGCAGGAUGUGGAGGACUUCCUGUUGAGUGCACAGACCCCACGUGGCCAGGAGGGGGCAGUCUGCAGACAACCGUGUGCCGGCACGGUCCGAGACAAUGAACAGGCGCUGUAUGAACUGGUCAAAUGCAACUUCAAUGCAGAUGAGGCCCUGCGACGUUUACGCUUUAAUGUGAAAGUGUGGAGUGAAGAGCUGUGCGGCUGGAGUGAGGAGGAGUGUCGGAAUUUUGAGCAUGGCUUUAAAGUUUACGGGAAAAACUUCCAUCUCAUUCAGGCUAAUAAGGUACGAACCCGCUCUGUGGGGGAGUGUGUGGAGUAUUACUACAUGUGGAAGAAGUCUGAGCGCCACGAGUUAUUCACUCAGCAAGCCACCAGGAUCACUCGCAAGAAGUACACCUUGCAGUCGGGGAGCAUGGAAGACGGAGACCAGGAUGGGGAUGCUGGUGACACGGAGGGGAGCAAUAAUUCCGCUGCCAUAUUGUCACGCAGCUCCACUGUCUCCGGAAAGCUGGUGACCCCUUUACCUCCGCCGUCGAGCCUGGAACUGGACAAACCAGAGGAGGAGGGUCGACCCCGGCGCAGACGGACUCCCCGCUUUCACUUAAAGCCGUGACCCUGAUGCUGUCAGGGCGUGGAAAGCAGGUUGCGCCUGCAGAUGAAGAACUGCUGAUGGGGCUGUGUGGCGACGGAUGUCCUCAGAACCUGCUCGCCCGCCGCUUCCCUCCAUCUGCAGAUGAGAGGGAUUUCCUCCCAGGCGGUUGUUGUCCCGCAGGUUCAGUCCAGCUGGAGCAGCAGU